CGCUAAUUAAUAUUCGAUCCUUUAUUCCCUGUAUAAUUCUGCUGUGUCUAUGCUCCAUAUAUAUCGGCACAUGAUUUUACUUUGUUGGCAUAGAAGUCUCCUCUUUCCUUUGUGAUCAUCUCCUCCCCAACUUCACAUCAGGAAUAUGGGUAACAUCCUCUGUUGUGUUCAAGUUGAUCAGUCUACUGUGGCUAUUAAGGAGCAAUUUGGAAAAUUCAGCGACGUACUCGAUCCAGGAUGCCACUGCCUGCCAUGGUGCUUUGGCUAUCAGGUGGCCGGUCAUCUGUCUCUUAGGGUCCAGCAGCUGGAUGUCAAGUGUGAAACCAAAACAAAGGACAAUGUAUUUGUCAAUGUUGUAGCAUCAAUUCAGUAUCGUGCCCUGUCAGAGAAGGCGAAUGAUGCGUUUUACCGACUCACAAAUACAAGGUCACAGAUUCAAGCAUACGUCUUUGAUGUUAUCAGAGGUACAGUUCCGAAGCUCGACCUAGAUGCUGCUUUUGAGCAAAAAAAUGAUAUUGCCAAGGCUGUAGAGGAAGAACUUGAGAAGGCAAUGUCUCAUUACGGAUAUGAGAUCGUCCAGACACUGAUAGUUGACAUAGAACCUGACGAGCAUGUUAAGAGAGCAAUGAAUGAAAUUAAUGCCGCUGCAAGGCUGAGGAUGGCAGCUACUGAGAAGGCUGAGGCUGAAAAGAUUCUUCAAAUCAAGAGAGCUGAAGGCGAGGCUGAGUCGAAGUACCUCUCUGGUGUGGGUAUAGCACGUCAGCGCCAGGCAAUUGUGGAUGGUUUAAGGGACAGUGUGAUUGGCUUCUCAGUUAAUGUUCCAGGCACAACUGCGAAAGAUGUAAUGGACAUGGUUCUAGUCACACAGUAUUUUGACACCAUGAAGGAAAUUGGUGCUGCAUCAAAGUCUUCUGCCGUGUUCAUACCUCACGGACCUGGUGCAGUUCGUGACGUUGCAGCUCAGAUUCGUGACGGACUUCUACAGGGAUCUUCCUCCCAGCAUUAGCUUUCCCGCCCUCUCAUAUCCAGAAGUUUCAUCUUGAGUACAGUAUAUAAUUCUUGGUUUGUGAUUUUAAGCUUGUUUUAAGAAUUAUGAAUCUGAUUGUAAUUGCUUCCUUACUACUUUCAGUUGUUUGGUCUGUUUGGUUGGCUUGACACCAGUGUAAUUAUCUUAAUUAAUGAAGAAGUUGAUUUUACAUCUUUAAAAAAUAUUCUGCAGAGAAUGAGCUCCCAA